UCAACCGACAGUUUUCAACGGCAUUUGCCCAGUGAAUCCAUGAGCUCCUCAGAAAACCCCAGUACUCUCCGAAUUCAUCAAUUUAUCUCACCGAAAUCAUGCUAUUAAACAGUAAUUCGGUUUCGUAAGAAUAGAAAGAAGAAUAGUGACAGCAUUUUACCAGAGGUUUUACCAGUGGAAUCGGUGGAAACCUGUGAAAAUACGAAGAAUCAUCCACGCUUUAUCAAGCGUGCUAAGUGACGCUUCAAGUGUUUAGUAUAUUUGUGAAUGGAGUAACUAUCAAUUGGAUUUUAUUAUUAUUUUUUAUUGAAAAAUUCGUAACCAUGACCACGUCACUCUCCAUUAUGGCAACACACGACGAGCUCGUGAGGUGCACCAAUGUUCUUGUUAAUGGUGCUUGUGAAGAAGAAUUCCUGCAAUUCGCCAUAAAUCAAGAAGAAAUGCGUCAAAAAUGGUUGGCAUCGGUACAAGAGUGCCAACGCCUGCAUUCAGCCCUGGAGAAGGCCCACCACGAGUCAGCAGAUCUCGACAGAAAGUUGAGUCACGCUCGGAGACUCCUAGACGAGGAGAAACGUCGUCGACGUUUAGCCGAGGACCAGCGUAACUCCCUGGAGAGACAGAUAGCUCUGGCACGUGACCUCCUCUUCAACGACGGUGGCAGAAACCUCAAUGACGAGACUCGAGAAAAACUACAAUUUCUGAACAACACGACACUGAAUGGACGCCCCAGCAACGCCCAUUUGAAGGACCUCCAGAACGAAAAACUGAACACAAUAGCGGAGCUGGACUCCACCGGUUCCCUCUUAAGUGACCUGAGUUGUUUCUCAAAGUCAGAGGAUGACCUGGAUGCCUCAGCUCUCCUCAGUCAGAAUCACAAGAAGCGAGAGUGGAAAGAGCACAGACCGAGUGGAGAGUACUCCACGAAAAAGCGUCGUAGUACCCUCCAAAAGGUAGCAGACCUUAACAACUCAGACAGAAUAAUAGCAACGACAACAGUUGUGAUGCCAAAGGACGGGGCGAUCACUGCGUCAUCAGUGAUCGAGGCAGUGCCUGGGGAUGAGAAUCAGGACCCUAAGUCACCCCUCCAGAGCUCUAGAAAACGUCGUAAGAGUUCAGAACGGCCACGUGCCAAGAAAGAUGUGCCAGAGGGCUAUCCCAAGCCUUCAGCUCCCGUGGCAGAGCACCUCACCUCAGGAUCAGAAUCUGAGGGAAUAUUCAAGCCCAGUCCCAACAUCGGGGGCUACACUUUCAACACAAAGACCCUGAGAGGCCACAACUUCGUCCCCAAGUCCGUCCUCAAGCCAGAGACUUGCUCCCCCUGUGGCAAACGAAUUCGAUUUGGCAGAGUUGCUCUCAAAUGCAAAGACUGCAGGGCUGUGACUCACGCAGAGUGCAAGGACCUUCUGCCUCUUCCCUGUGUGCCCGCAGGGAACACACCGACUCUCCGAGGGGCAACUGGGACAAUCGCUGAUUAUACCCCGAUGACAGCCCCGAUGGUGCCAUCCCUCGUGGUUCAUUGCAUAAAUGAGAUUGAACUGCGUGGAAUGAGUGAGCAGGGGCUCUACAGAAUCAGCGGUGGCUCAUCUGACGUUAAAUGCCUCAAGGAGAAGUUCCUGAAGGGCAAGGGUGCCCCCUGCCUUUCUGACGUCGAUGUAUCGACCAUCUGCUCGACUUUAAAGGACUUCCUGAGGUCUCUACGAGAGCCUCUCAUCACUGUUGGACUCCUCGGCGACUUUGUUCAUGCCACUCAGAUCUCUGAUAAACAGGACGCCGAUGCUGCACUCUACCAAGCCAUCUCUGAACUCCCCCAACCAAAUCGUGACACCCUGGCCUUCUUGAUUCUUCACUUGCAGAGGGUCUCCAGCAGUCCAGAAUGCAAAAUGCCAAUUAGCAAUCUGGCCAAGGUCUUUGGGCCAACGUUGGUGGGAUACAGCAGUCAGGAACCCACUGCCACCUGCAUGCUGAGUGAAACUGAGAAUCAGGCUGCCAUUGUUGAGAGUUUACUCAGAAUUCCUUCUGAUUAUUGGGCAAAUUUCGUUAAUCCUGAGUGCGGAAAUGACGUGGGGACACCCAAAAUGGGCGAGCUCAGACACACGCCAUCGACAGAGUCCCUUCUGAAGAGGACGACCUCCAGGGGAUUCUUCAAUACUCCGUUAGGUGCCAGUCGAUCGUUCUUGAGGAAGAAUAAGAAAUAUUUUGCCACUCCACCGUUGAGGAGUGGCAUCUAGGGAAUUGGGGGAGGAAAUUUAAUAUAUUUCUGAGCUGAGGGGAGACUUUGCAUUUUAAAGACUUCAAUGAAUUCACUGGAUUUUGAUAGAACUUGGGAGGAUUUAUAGAGAAAUUUAAAUCGUUUGUAAAAUGUAUUGAUGAUUCAAGUGGUUCCAUAAUAAAACUCUAAUUUUUACACAAA